AAGAGAGAGAGAAAGUGGUCCGCAAAGUCUAUGGCUGACUGACCCUCAUCAGAGCAGCCGUGUUAGAUAAGGAGAGAAUGGAAGAGAUCUAUCGAUAUUUUUUUUGAUAAAUUAUUAUUCCCUUCUCUCUUCAUUUAACUCUCUCAACUAUGACUUUGCUUUCCGCGCGAUUCACCAGCUAAACCAAUUUCAAUUUCUUCCCCAGACACACAUUCUUUUUCUUUUUCCAUGUCUCAAAUGAUCAGAAAAUCAAUGGAAUGAAGAAAAUGACUAUCCAUCUAUCUAUGUAGUCUUGCUUUCAAUAAUAUCUACCUAGAUAUUAUAUUAUCAUCUCUUUUCCCAGCACAAGCACCGGUUAUAGAGGCUAGCUUCUAACAUGCUGCUUUUUGGUUUUAUAUAUAUUUGUUUUGGCAGUACCUGCUUCCUCAAAACUACUAUUGGUUUUGGAAUUUGCCCCAGGUAGCUAGUUUAGGACACACGAUUUUUUUUUCUCUUCAAAAAUGAUGUCUGAAGAAACCUUUUCUGUUCCUCCCAACUCCACCAUUAGAGCCACCUCCUUGGUUCAUCAUGUUCAUGUUCAACCCCCAAGCCCAAACCCUAAUUCAAAUCCAGCUAAGAGAAGGAGAAGUCUACCCGGAACACCAGAUCCAGAUGCAGAAGUGGUGGCUCUUUCACCUAAGUCCCUAAUGGCCACCAACCGUUUCUUAUGUGAAGUUUGCAACAAGGGUUUUCAGAGAGACCAGAAUUUGCAGCUGCAUAGACGUGGACACAACCUUCCAUGGAAACUGAAGAAGAGAACGAACAAUGAUCAAGUAAGGAAGAAGGUGUACGUGUGCCCUGAGAAGAGUUGCGUGUACCAUGACCCCUCAAGAGCCUUGGGGGACUUGACAGGGAUAAAGAAGCACUAUAGCCGAAAGCAUGGCGAGAAGAAGUGGAAGUGUGACAAGUGCUCCAAGAAAUACGCUGUUCAAUCCGAUUGGAAGGCCCAUAGCAAGAUUUGUGGGACUAGAGAGUACAAAUGUGACUGUGGCACACUUUUCUCCAGGAAGGACAGCUUCAUAACGCAUAGAGCUUUUUGUGACGCUUUGGCUGAAGAAAGUGCGAGGGUAACAACAAUUCCAGCAGCUUUAAGCAACUUGAGAAGUGAUCACCAUCAUCAUUUGACCAAUGCUCAAGCUUCGAGAAUCCCUCAGAUUUUUUCAGGGUUUCACUCAUCAGAUCAAUUCGGUGGUGGCUCAUCAGAAGCAUUAUUGGCGAAUCAUCAUUAUCAACAAAAGCUAAGGCUACCACUAUGGCUAGAUCACCACCAAGUCAAUAAUCCUCAAGUACUUCACCACACUCUUGACAACUUCUCAACCGAACCGAGUGCUUUCACUUCAGGAACAAACUCUGUGCCUCAUGAUCUAGUACAAACAAUGGACAUGUUUGGGCCACAGACACAGUUUGUGAAUUACCGUUACCCAGAAGCAUCAUUUGGAGGUGGCAAUGCCAACUUGUCUGUGCUACCACCACAUGGACUGAAGCAAGAACAAGAAGAAAACAAACAACACUUGUCGCAUAGCGGAGCCUCUUCUAAUAACUUGUACUUGAGUAAUAGUAUUCAGAACCCACCUCAUCAUCACUACAUGUCAGCCACCACACUGUUGCAGAAAGCGGUUCAAAUGGGUUCUACAAGGAUCAGCGACAACGUAUUUGGCUCCAUCGUGGGUACCACCAACAGAAACAACAACAACAACAACAACACCAACCUUGAGGUUCAGAAGCUGAACGAGUUGGUGAGUGUGGAAGCUGGGUGCAACAACAACCUUGGAGGUGGUGGUGAUGGGUAUUUAUUAAAUGACUCGUUUGGGGUUGUGAAUGGCACCAAUAAGGGUUUGGAGCACAUGGUGAUGCCGGUGGAUGAAGAGACACAACAAGAAUCAAUUGUGGGAAACUCACUAUGCUCAAAUAACAAAAAUCAACUUGGUUUAACAAGAGACUUCUUGGGUGUUGGAGAUAAUAAUAAUAAUCUUGACCCUAUAAGAAGACCUUUUUUUCAACAAGACCUUGUUGAAUUUAAUGCAAUGGGGUCAGCCUCAGCCUCAGUCAUGAACCUGCAGAGCCAGUACGGUGGACACUACUGCUAGCGUUAGCUAUAGUUUCAGUUUCAACUUAAUUUCAUACUUUCCAAUUUAAUGAAACGUAACAUAGAGCUAAAGAAACUAGUGAAGUUGUGUCAUAGUGAUAUAUAUAGCUAGCUAGUAGUAUCUAGUAGCUACUCUUAUAAACUGAACAAUAUAUUAAACUCGAGUAAGAGUAAGAUAUAUAUCUUUCUACUCAA